GGGCGGUUCCAGCGGCACGCGCGUGGUGUUGCGCUAGUGAACGUUAGCCACGAAGUAACAGUUACUAACGUCAGUCUGCGGUGGCAUUUAAUGUUUGUUUUUUUCUUCAUAACUAAUUAAAAUAGUUUGGGAGACGGUUUGAUUAUCGUCUGACGCAUCACUGUGGUCCAACAGAAAACCUCUGGAAGUGGACUGAGAUUGGCGAGGUGAAGGAGGAACGUUUGGGCGGUCUGAACAAGGUUAGCCACAGCGCUCAGCGUCAGUAUAUGUGUACGGGGCUUUGCUGGACGGACAUUGAAUUGUUGAAGCCGGGUCCAUUUAACGUCUCACUGCCAUUGCCAUGAGUGUAAAUACAGUCUUCGGCAUCUUCAUGAUUUAAAUUGGAUAACAUCCAGUGCUGAAACAGCAGUGUGGAUGACCGGUGACGGAUCAUGGGUGGUUGAUAUUCAUGAAACUGCCAAGAUGUCGUCAAUCCAAGGACUCCCACCACAAGGAUCAGACGUAACUAUUCUUAUAACCAGGGUCCACUUGCAUCCACUUUGUGUGCUUGUCGAGUUCUGGGGAAAGUUUAGCCUGGAGAGGACUGAAGAAUAUGAGUGCUUGGCUAAAGACAUUCAAUCUGUUGGAAAAACAUUUGAAGAACAUGAAGGAAACCCUGGUGAUAAGUGCUUGGUUCAGGUAGAUGGCAUUUGGAACAGGGCCCGCAUUGUCUCAAGAAAUGGGUCAAAAUUCAGCGUGUUUCUCUUUGACAAAGGGGUGACAUCUUGCACCACCACAAACAAGCUGGCAUGGGGUAAAAAGGAACACUUCCUCCUACCACCUGAAGUGGAAUUUUGUGUGCUAGCUAAUGUAUUACCACUCUCAGCUGAGGGCAGGUGGUCUCCAGUAGCUCUCGAAUUUCUGAAAACUCUCUCUGGGAGAUCUGUGAAAGCACAUGUGCAAGAUAUACUGGAGUCCCACAGAACAUUUGUCCUGCACAUCCCCUACAUCGCCAAACAAAUGUAUGAGAUGGGACUUGCCAAGAAGUUGGCUCCAGACAUGUUCCACGAGUUUGUGCUCAUGUCACUGAAGUCCAGUAGUGUAGCCCAAGUGUCCACACCACAGACUCAACUGAUCUCUAUGGAUGCAGGUGUGAGACUGCACAAGCAAGAGCUCUUCAUGGUCCCAGAGCUCCCAGCAGGAACUGUGGAGACGGUCAUAGUCACGGAGGUUACAAAUCCACAGAGGAUCUUUUGCCAGUUGAAGGUCUUCUCACAAGAGUUGAAGAAACUCUCGGAGAAAAUCACACAAUGUUGUGAGGGCAGAAUGAUGAGUUGCACUGUGGGUCCAGAAAUGGUUGGUUUUCCCUGUGCUGCAAGAGGAAGUGAUGGCAGAUGGUACCGCUCUGUUCUACAACAAGUAUUCCCAAACAAUGGCGUUGUGGAAGUUUUGAACAUUGACUAUGGAACAAAACAGCUUGUUCAGUUGGAUAAGGUGAGACCACUGGCUUCAGAAUUCCUCAGGAUGCCCGUUGUGACCUACAUCUGUUCCCUACAUGGAAUCAUUGACCGAGGCAUUGGAUGGACAACAAGCCAGAUUGAGUUUCUAAGAAACCUUCUUUUGUGCAAGACUGUGAUUGCUAAAUUUGAGUACCAAAGCAUGGCUGAGGGUGUACACUAUGUCACGCUCUAUGGUGAUGAUAAUACAGACAUUAACAGCCUGUUUGGGUCUAAGGAGAGCUGUUUGCUGGAGUAUGAGAAGACACUAAAAGAUUUUGCCCUUCAUAGCCCUGCAUACAGCCAUGAAGAUCAAGCCCAGCAAGGAAAAAGAAAGAUGUUGACAUCUGGGAAGACUGAAGAGGAAAAUGAAGGGAAAGGAGUAGUGAAAAAGUUACCAGCAGAGGAGCUGUCACUCUACUCAACGCAUGUUGUAUUUGUUCUGCAUGUAUCCAACCCAUCAGAGUUUUGGAUCCAGACGCAAAACUAUGUGAGUGAGCUGGAUGAACUGAUGGACAGUAUCUUUCAUUUGUACAAAGAGUCAGAGAACAAAGACGUGGUGAGAGAUCCAACUGUGGGGCUAUACUGUGCUGCCAAGGCAGAAGAUGGUGACUUCUACAGAGCAGUUGUGACUGAAGUUGAUGAGACACAAAUCAAGGUGUUCUUUGUUGAUUAUGGAAACACAGAAACCAUUGAAAGGAAUAAUAUCAGAUUUCUUCCUGAAAAGCUCAAAAAGCUACCAAGGCUUGCUCUGAAAUGCAGCCUGGCUGGUGUCAGACCCACAGAUGGGAGAUGGAGUCAAAUUGCCUCUGAGUUUUUCACCAAAACAGUCACAGACAAAGUACUGAAUGUUCAUGUGAUGGCUAAAUAUGAUGACUACUAUGCUGUACAGCUAAUGGACCCGGAAUCUCUGCAGGAAAAAGACCUCAGUACAUUGAUGUGUACGUCUAAUUUUGCUGAAAGGGCUGAGACACUGAGCCAAAUUAAAGGCAGUGUUUCCUUGCAACCUGCCACUCUGUCUCUCACACAACAUCCACAUGUCAGAUUCACAGAUGUACACGGGAACAAGGGAUUGUCUUUCCAGCCACAAAACACCAUUGACCCUGCCAUCAGGGAAAGAGUUUCUUCAUUCAAGGAGCACAUGUUUCCCAUUGGAAGUGUUCUUGAUGUCUCUGUGUCCCACAUCGAAAGCCCUAAUGACUUCUGGUGCCAACUUAUGCAAAAUGCAGGACAUUUGAAUUUGCUGAUGCGUGACAUACAGGCUCAUUAUGCAGGUAGUGAAUUUCAGCCUAAUGUAGAUGUAGCUUGUGUUGCACGUUAUCCUGUUAAUAGAAUGUGGUACAGAGCAAUUGUAAUUAACAAACAUAAAACAUCUCAUGUGGAUGUGUUGUUUGUUGAUUUUGGUCAGGAAGCAACCAUUUCCAUAUAUGACCUGAGAAAGAUAAGUCCAGAGUUUCUCACUCUGCCUGGUCAAGCCUUUCGAUGCAGUCUGUUGAACCCUGUUGACCCCACAUCUGCCAUCAAUGAGUGGAAUGAUGAUACAGUUGCAAGAUUCAACAAAUUUGUUGAAACUGCUGUGUCUAACUUUGUGACGUUAAAGUGCACCAUAUAUGCUGUCAUGUACAGAGAGCAGAAGAUUCUUUUCAACAUUGUGGAUCUAGAGACUCCAUUUGAGAGCAUCUGCACCAGCAUGGUUAAUCUGGUCAAAAGUGCCCCUCCCAAAAAUGUCUCUGGGCCCUCCUUCCACCUGGACACGUACUACUACUCAACGCACAAUGUCAAAACUGGGACAGAGGAACAGAUGACGGUGACAUGCGUGAACAGUGUCAGUCAGUUUUACUGUCAGCUCGAGAGGAACGCUGAUGUGAUGGAAAAUCUCACGAUGAAAGUUAGCAAACUUUGCCAUCAGCUAGAGAAUGUAAAACUCCCAUCAGUGUUUGGAUCUUUGUGCCUUGCCAAGUAUACUGACGGACACUGGUACAGGGCUAAAAUCAAGACCACAAAGCCAGCAAUCCUGGUUCACUUUGUGGAUUAUGGUGACACUAUUGAGGUGGACAAAUCUGACUUACUUCCAGUACCCAAAGAGGCUAAUGAUGUCAUGUCUGUGCCUGUGCAAGCAGUUGUUUGUGGUCUCUCUGAUGUCCCUGCUACUGUUGGAAAAGAGGUCAACAGCUGGUUUGAGAAGUUUGCAACAGAAUUGAAAUUCCAAGCUCUCAUUGUGGCCAGAGAACCUGAUGGAAAACUGCUGGUUGAGCUGUAUCACAAAAACACUCAGAUUAAUUCAAAGAUGAAGAAGAUGUUUAAUAUUGAGAUGAGCAUAAACGAGAGUGUUGUCAACCAUGGCCAGAAAGCAGUGAGACAUGACUACAGGCCUCCAAAAUAUUUCUUGAAGCAAACCACAGAAAUGGAUGACCAAGCACAAAAUGUCAAUCAGAGUAGAUGCGCAAACCAAAAACCAGCAUAUCAAAUGAGGGAUGAGCCAAAACCUAUCAAUAUGUCUGCAACUAAGCCUUCCCGCUUUGCUUGUGAAAAUAGCCAUAAGGUCAAAGCUGUGCCAUUACAGCUGUACAAACCUCCUCCCCAGCGACAGUCAUGUGAAAUGACACCAAGUGAUAUGGUAAAUGGUUCUGAGAAUGCAAGUGACCAUGUCAAACCAAGAAAAGCCAAUCUGUCCACUGACACCAACCAGAUGGUCAUGUCCAAGACCUCUCAUACAGACUCUCAGAAGGUAAAAACUGUGGAACAACUCCCUAAACUUGCAGACUUGCCUUCAAAAUCAAUCACACCAGGUUUGGAAGCUGAAGUUUAUGUCUCACACAGCAACAGCCCAUUGAGUUUCUACCUUCAACUUGUCAGGGAUGAGGAUGAAAUAUUUUCUGUUGCUGAAAGACUCAAUGGUCCCACAUCUCUCCCAAAAACCAAUGUCUUCAUUGAGGUUCAUCCAGGUGACCUUGUUCAAGCAGAGUUUGCAGAUGACUCCUCAUGGUACCGAGCUGUUGUGAAAGAAGUCCACAGCAACUCAAUUGCUCAUGUUGAGUUUAUUGAUUUUGGAAAUACAGUAAUGACACCAAUAUCCAAGAUGGGCAGACUUCAUCAGUCUCUUUUACUACUACCUAUGUACAGCAUACACUGCAUGCUGAGUGAUGUUGCAACUUGUGGAAAAGAGGAAAUGCUUGAACCAGAAAUGCUGUCGUCUUUUAAAGCAGUAUGUGGUGAAGGAGAAAAGCAGCUCAAGUGCCGGUUCAUCAAGCAGUCAGGAUCUGUGUGGGAAGUCAGUCUGGAAGACAGUGGUGUGAAUGUCACUUGUAAAGUACCUACUUGUUCAGCUGAUGGUACUGAAAUUGCAGUAGAGAAACAGGAACAGGUGCAAGUAAAAACUCAACAGGACACCGAGAAGCCACCAUCUAAGCCAUGCUCUCUACAUUACAAUCAACAAGUUUUUUUAAAGGGACAGCAGUUACAGAGCUACAUCUCUUGUAUAAAUGAUGCUCAUUCCUUUUGGUGUCAGAGUGCUCACUCAGAAGAACUUGACAAGAUAACAUCAGGUGUCUCAGAAGUUGGGAAUGCAAUCAACCACAAGCACAUUGACCCAGACACCCUAUCCCCUGGCAGCCCGUGUAUUGUUCUCUUUUCAGAUGAUCAUCUUUGGUACCGUGCAGAAGUAACUGACAGAAAGGGAGAUGCGCUGUCUGUGCUUUUUGUGGACUAUGGAAACAAGUCCCAAGUCUCCAUUACAGAUGUGAGGAAAAUACCAGUUGAAUUGGUGGUCCUGCCUCCCCAGGCCUUUUUGUGCGAGCUUGAAGGCUUUAAUUGUUCAUGUGGUUCUUGGGCCAGUGGCGCAGUAGAUGAGUUUUGUACACGUACAACAGACAAGUUGUUAAAGUUGACUAUUGGCAGACUAACCAGGGAUGACAAAACCAUCAAAUACAUUGUGCAGGUGGAAUGUGAUGGCCAGAUCAUGAAUGAAGUGAUGAAAACAUGGUGGAAAAACACAGAAAACACAACAGAAAACAAACCUGACACAGGUGAAUUGACUACGUUGUUUGAACCGCCACUGCAAAAUGUCCCAGCUGUGAAAGAGGCUGCACAACCUGAGGAUCAACCAGAGUAUUCUGAAAGCCAAGAAAUUCUUCCUCAGAAAGAGCACAGUGAAGAACAGUUCUCUGAGGAGCUUGUUGACCCUCACAGAGCAGAUGAGGAUAAAUUAAUCUGUAGUCCGAAGACUAAUGAGUCCCCCAAAGAAGAGGCGACACAACCUGAGGAUCAACCACAGUAUCCCAAAAGCAAAGACAUUCACCCUCCGAGAGAGCACAGUGAAAAACAUUUCUUUGAGGAGCUUGUUGACACUCACAGAGCAGAUGAAGAUAAAUUAAUCUGUAGUCCGAAGACUAAUGAGACCCCCAAAGAAGAGGCUACACAACCUGAGGAUCAACCACAGUAUCACAAAAGCAAAGACAUUCACCCUCCGAGAGAGCACAGUGAAAAACAUUUCUUUGAGGAGCUUGUUGACACUCACAGAGCAGAUGAGGCCAAACUAGUCUGCAGUCCACAGACCAAUGAGACCUUCAAAGAUUUAGACUCUUCUGAAUCCCAAGAAGGAAAGUAUCAGACAUCUGAGUGCAAUAUGAUUGCCCAACAUGAAAAAAGUGAUUCCAUUGAAGAAGUGAACACAAUUCACACUGUGAUACUACUUCAGACUGAGUCCAAAGACACAGAAGACGCCAUAGUACCUGUACCUAAUGACCAAUAUAUUUUUAUCUUGAACUGUGAUAAGGAUGUUUGUGAAAGUGACAAAAUCCCUGAAGAGGACAGUGCUUCAGUGUUGGACACUGUCGGACCAGAUGACUUGGAGUCUCCAGUGGAUGAGAACCCAAAAGAGGACACGGACAAGUCAGAGAUUCCAGCGAAAGAGGUGGCAUCUUCAGCUGAAGAGGUGAUGACCUACAACGUGCCAAGCAGCUAUGAUGCCAGAGUUUAUUCGGUUCCAACCGAUGACAGUAACAUUGCCACAGUGAGUGAGCGUUCUCUUACCAGUGUGACAGCAGUGAAAAUGGCUCCAAGUGAUACAUUUCAUCCCACGGAGAGUAUAAACCUACAUGAGCUCAUAGAUGUAAUUUCUGAAGACUUGGAGCAGCUUGAUACUGACUUGGUCCUGUCAUCCCCUGUGCUUCCUGAGCAGCAGUUGUGUGAUCUGGUAGACGACACUGAUGAAACCAGCCAGUCUCAAACCUGUGGAGCUGUCUCUACAGAUAUGAUGGGUGAUGAGUUUGAAGAGGUGACAUGUUUGAUGGAUGCCUGCACAGAUACACAUGAUCCUGACAGCAAAGUCACCAGUGCUGGAGAAGAUGAUAUGAUCACUUGCAUCACAGUCCAGGACAAAGCACUUGGAGCCAUUUUAGAGCACGACAUGGAAAUUGGAGACGUUUCUCUGAAGGAUGAGGAUAACUCCAUGCCUGAAGAGGAAGUCUUAGCUCUUCACAAUGACAAACUUCUUGAUUUGCCACUGAGUGACACUGAGCCACAAUCUGACUGUCCAGAUGUGAGUAACCUGGUGGAUGAGUUGCCCAGUACUGUUGAAGAGAGUUGUUUGACAGAUGUCUCCACAGACCAACAUCCAAAAACUGAAACAGAGGACAGUGAACAGAUGGAACCUCCACCAUCCAAACAAGAGGAUUAUGAGGAGGGCGUUGUUUCUAAAGAAACGUCUUCACCUGACGACAGCUUUGAGCUCCAGCUGUCGAACAUAACCCAUCUCACUCUGAUCAUCAAUGAUGGGUCUGCUGAUGAACAGCAGCAGGAGGAGUAAAUGUCUCCCGUUUGCUUCUGGUGUCAAUGUUAGACUCCUAACAAAAUUGCUCAAUUGCAGACACUUUAGUUCAUUUAAACAGGUUUGAGUUAAGGUUUUCUUAGUUGUUUUGCUCUGUGUGUUGAAGGGCAGUGUUGAACAUUUUAUUUCAUUGUUUCAGUUGAAAAACACAGCUGUUUGGCUAAAAGAUGCUUCUAUACAGAAAUGGUUUGGAGUUUUUUGUCAGCGUACACGUACACGCGUUGCAGAUCUGUUCUGAUAAACCGCACCACAUUCUUUGUAAACAAAUGUUGUGUAUUGAAUCUUUCUUUAAAGACUAAUUUGAAUGGUUGCAAAGUUAUAAAGAAUUUAUAGAUAUCUUUUUUCUGUUGUGUGUUAACAUGCAUGCCUUAAAGACACAUUUUUGUUUGUGUAAUAAAUAUCAAUAC